CCUUAAAUAAAAUAGGCUUAUUUUUACGAGGUAGUUAUCUAUUGUGUGUAAAGGUAAAAAAUACUUUUUUAUGAAUUAAAAUAACAUCAUUUGCGUCUAUGAAGUACAAUUACAAUAUUUAUUUCAAAAAUUGUGCUUGAAGUAAUAACAUUUUUUAUAAGUACCCUUCCUACUUUAAGAAAAUAAGUUAUUCCUGUAUCGCAGUUAAGAUAUUCAACUGUGCAAGGUAGGUAUUUUAAUCUACAAAUUUUAAUUAACUUAGAUGAAUUUUUUACUUCUCUAAAAGGUUUUAAAAAUAUUUUUCAAUGCAACUAAAUUAUCCAUUUGGUCUUAUUCUGUCCAUUUAUCGGCCUACUCCCCGGUUAAAUGCGUUAAUUUAUUUGACACCUAACACUUAGCUGAUUGAAUGCAUCAAUUUAAUUAGCCUACUGUAUUUGUAGAAAAAUGGACAUAAGGAAGUUCUUUAACAAGCCAAACAAGCGGCUGAAAAUUGAUGAUGGAUCUGACAUACCGAACAGUACCGAAAACAGUAGUAUAGUAUGCAGUCAAAAUGAUUUAGCUGUAGCAGGGCCGUCUAGCUUGGAGUCAGCUGUAUCCGCCUCUCAAAGAGAAACUAACGUUGUAACGGCCACCGCAUCGGAUAAUUUUGCGAUUGUUGAAGACAGUUUAAAUUUGGAUGUUGGGAACUACCUUGAUACUAAUAAAAUUUGUAGCUUGAACGAUCGCUUGAAAUUUACUUUGUUAACAAACCCAUGGAAGCCAGAUAAAUGUUACAAUUUCAAGUAUGAUAUUGACGAUGGCAAACGACCAUUUAUCCAUGAAUGGUUAAAAACGUACCCCUGGUUAGCUUAUUCAAAAGAAGUUAAAGGUGGGCUAUGCAAGUUGUGUGUACUGUUUAGGCCCCGCGUAACCCAUGGUAGUUAUCAAAGCGGCUUUAUAAAUCGCCCAUUCACCAAUUUCAGAAAGUUUCAUGAAAAUGCGAAAUCGCAUAUGAACUCUGAAUGGCACAGACAAGCAUCUGAAAACUCAAGUAACUUUAUAUCUGUCAUGAAAAAUGAAAAGAAAAAUGUUGAAUGUCUUGCAAAUUAUGGUUUGGCCAAGCAAAUUGAAUCGAACAGAGCGAAACUAAAAUCCAUUGUUUCUUCAAUUUUGUUUAGUGCACUACAUGACUUAACAUUAAGAGGUCAUACCAAUGAGGAUGCUGUGUUCAAUAACCUUUUACAUUUUAGGAAAGAAGCUGGUGAUUCUGUUUUAGAAGACCAUCUGAAAAAUGCGCCGAAAAAUGCAAUGCACAUUUCCCAUAGGACACAAAAUGAGAUCAUUGAUUUAUGUGCAACGGUUUUAAGAGACGAGUUAGUUACAAAAAUCAAUGAUAAUGAAAUAUUUUCCAUUUUAGCAGACGAAACAAUGGACAUUACUGGUACAGAGCAACUCUCUCUGGGCGUGAGAUAUUUUGAUAAAAGUGAAAAUUGCAUCAGAGAAGACUUCCUUGGUUUCACCCCAUUAAAAAGUUUAGAUGCUGAACAUAUAGCAAAUGCUAUUACUUUAACAUUAACAAAUUGGGGCUUGAACUUGGAAAAUGCAGUUGGCCAAGGAUAUGAUGGUUGUAGUACAAUGGCUGGGGAAAUAACUGGAGUACAUAAAAGAAUAACUGAGAAAUACCCAAAAGCUCUAUAUUUUCAUUGCGCCAGUCAUCGGCUAAAUUUAGUAGUCAAUGAUUUAAAUGACAUACCACAAAUCAGGAAUAUAACUGGCACAGUUAAAGAAGUUAUAACAUUUUUUCGGCAGAAUGGCCAAAGAAGGGCAACAGUGGGAACUCUUCAAAAACUAUGUGAAACCAGAUGGACCGAAAAAUAUAAAGCAAUUCGAAAGUUUAGUGAGCAGUUUGUUAGCAUCGCUGAAGCACUUCAGACUCUAUCGACUGAAGGUAACCGUGACACAAGGCAGAAAGCUUUCCAGCUUCAUUGUGCAGUUACAAAUACAGCAUUUAUGAUAUGUCUACAUGUGAUUGCCAAAUACUCUGCCAAGUUAGAAAUCGUUACGCAAAUGUUACAAGGUGUCAGUGUAGAUAUUUUGAAGAUAUCAAAACACAUUCAGAAGGUUACUGAGCUAUUCAGUUCAGACCGACAAAAUGGAGAAAAAGAGUUUGAUAACAUUAUGGCAAAUGUUGAAACAACAGCAAACAAGCUUGGAAUCGAGCUCACAUGUCCUCGUGUUGCUGCGAGACAGGUUCACAGACCAAAUCACUCUACCCAGACUAUCAACGAAUACUAUAGAAAGUCCAUUUUCUUGCCUUAUUUGGAUUCUUUGGUUCAAUCGUUGAAAGAUAGGUUUUCAGAUAGAAACAAACCAUCAUUUGAAAUUUUCAAUCUGCACCCUAAAAUCAUGAAAGAUCUUUCUAAGGAAGAUUUUGAAAAGUCUAUUAACAAUAUAAACAGCACGUAUUGUGAAUUGUUAGACAACUUUAAGGAGCAAUCAAUUCUGUGGUUCGACCUUUGGAAAAACACGGAGAUAGAUGCCAAAGCCUUGGAAAAACUGAACUUAAUAGAGGUUCUUGAGCUUGAGCAUGAGCAUGCCUGCUUUUUGCCGUCAGUAGCAAAAGCCAUCCAAAUAGCUCUUUGUCUGCCACCAACAACUUGCACCAUCGAGCGAUCAUUCAGCACUCUCAAACGUGUGAAGACCUGAAUAAGGAAUACGAUGUCGAACAAUCGUCUAAGUGGGCUAUGCCUGUUAUCUGUACACAGAAGAAAAAUAAAAGAAAAUAAAGAAAACUUCAUGCAGAAAGUAAUUGAUUUAUUUGCGAUGGACACCAGAAGAAUUCAAUUAUUAUUUAAGUAACAUUUUACUGACACUAACCGUGUUGCGUUUUAAACAGCAAAACAAUUUUUCUUGUA